UCUUUCUUCCUUUCUCUCUCUUGUCUUGUUUAAACCCACACCUCUCUUGUCUUGUCCAUCUUCCUUUCUCUGUGUCCUUUUAUUCUCUCGCCACCCAAAAUUCCGAAAGAGGGGAAUAGAGAGAACGACGACGGAGAUGGUGAGGGACGACGACCUCUACGUCGCGGUGCCGAGCUUCUUCCGGUGUCCGAUAUCGCUCGACAUCAUGAAAUCCCCUGUUAGCCUCUGCACCGGCGUCACCUACGACCGCUCCAGCAUCCAGCGCUGGCUCGACGACGGCAACAACACCUGCCCCGCCACCAUGCAACUCCUCCACACUAAAGACUUGCUCCCCAACCGCAACUUGCAGCGCCUCAUCCAGAUCUGGUCUGACUCCCUCCGCCUCCCCCCACGCAACUCCACCUCCUCCUUGCCACCCUCUUCACCCUUCCAACCACCACUGCCCAAGGACCAGAUCCGCCACCUAAUCCACCGCUUGGACGCCUAUACCGAACCAUCUUCCUCCUUCGAUUCCCUUUCCAAGAUUGCCCAGUUCGCAAGAGAGUCCGACGACAACCGCAAAAUCCUCGCCGAAAGCGAUGGUUUCAUCCAAGUCGUCGUCGAGUUUCUCGGUGGCAGCGGCAAUGCCGAAGACAAAAACAUCGGCGCCCUCGAACAAGUUGUGAGAAUCCUUGAUCUGGUGAAGGACAAAAUACAAGACCGGGAGGAGCUGUCGAGAUGGAUGCUAAAAAAGAGCGGUCAGGAUUGCGUGGCUUCUCUGCUUCUUAUUGCACAACAUGGAAGCGUGGAUUCUGGAAUCGCAUCGGCUGGGGUUUUGGAAUCAAUCGCGGUAAACGCGGAAGCAAAAAUCCUGAUAGCCGAGAAAGAAGGGCUUUUACCCCAGCUGCUGAAGUCGACGGCUCCGGAAAAGGAUCCGACGGUCAUUGAAGCGAGUCUCUCUUGCUUGAUCGCCCUGUCGACCCCGAAGCGAGUGAAGGUUAGAUUGGUCCAUUUAGGAGCAGUGAAGCUGCUGUCCAAGUUGCUGUGGAACCCGAAUUCCACUACGGCGACGGUGGAGGAGGCGUUGAAGUUGCUGGAAACGGUGUCGUCGGUGAAAGAGGGGCGGGGAAAGAUAUGCGAGGACGGCAAGUGUGUGUCGGCGAUCGUGCAGAGGCUGCUGAAGGUGUCGAGUGCGGCGACGGAGCACGCGGUGACGAUACUAUGGAGCGUGUGCUAUUUGUUUAAGGAGAGGGCGGCGCAAGAGGCGGUGGGGAGGGCGAAUGGGUUGACCAAGAUAUUGCUGCUGAUGCAAAGCAAUUGCUCGCCGGCUGUUCGGCAAAUGUGUGCCGAUUUGCUCAAGAUUUUUCGUGUGAAUUCGAAAUCGGUUAUUUCUUGUUAUGAUACUAAGACCACUCAUAUCAUGCCCUUCUGAGAUUUGAGAGACGAACGAUAUUGUAAAUGACACAAAUUUUGUUAGUCCAAUACAAAGGAGAAAUUCGUUUUA